AUGCUGCAGCAGAAGCUGAAGCUGAUGGAGGCUCCGACCGUCAAGCUAUCUAAUUCAUCCAUGGGCGAAUCAUGCGCGGCUGGUGGUUCACAUUCUGUCGUUCACAUUGCCAGCAGCAUCACUGAUUUCUUAUAUGACCCGCAGGCCCAUAUCGCUUUCGGUUCCUGGUACAAACGAUACGAGAACUUUUCCUCUGUCGAUCUGGCUGCCCAGGACGAUGGAUGGAAGGUUCGACUUCUACCUCGCAAACCGGGUCCGACUGAACACGAGCGUUAUGCCAACUUCAUUCUCCCUAAGAAUCCCCUAGAAGCCACUUUCAAGGACACGGUUCAGACGCUGUCGCAGAUUUUUGGUGACCAAUCAUCCCUUUUCAACACAUGA